CUCCGGUUCAAGACCCUAGCACUCCAGACGGUGAUAAUGCAGCUUUCCGUCUAAAAAGAGAAUCUUAUAAUAGCGUAACUGCGUCUCAAGUAACGAUGUCCAUUUUGUGUAAAUAUGAUCCCAAAGGUCGUCAUGUUAACGUGGCCGAUGCUAUGAAACAUCAAUCUAUAAUCUCGGUAGCUGGUGAAUUAGUUCUACUGAAAAGAUCUGUAUAUAGAAAAUUAAGAAACAAGGAGUUAGAAAAAUUGGUAGAAAAAUUUAGCCCACCCCCUAAUAAAAACCAAUCUCGCAAUAUAACAGAAAGGGUAAAUGAUGACCCACAAGAAGAAAGCUCUUCAAGAGCGAAAAGAUUGAAACUUGCAAUAGAUGAAAUUAACGAAGUUAAAGAUAAGAAAGCAGAAGAUCAACAAAAUGCUGUAGUUUUAACUCGAUCUGACGAACCUUCACAUGCCAAAGUUGAAACUGAUACUGACGGCCUAUAUUCAGAUGAAGAACAACCAAAUAAUCUUGAUAAUGAUGAUGAUAAUACACCCUAA